UGAAGGCCCCCGCGAAACAAACAAAUUGGGGUCCUUUUAUCCUGAAGGCUAGCUAACAUAAGGGUGUUCAGAGUCAAGCUGUUUUAAAUAAUCUUAAAUCCCCCUCCCCAAAAAAGAUACAUCCCUUUAACUUUGAUAAUCUGCGAUAUAAAAACAGGAAGAGGUUUUGUUCGUUUUUACGCCCUAACUGAUUUUGUUUUUUAACGUCGACGGGUUUUUUUUUUUCACCAGUCGCUGUCUGAGCGGAGCUAACGCUAGCCGACAAGCUUUUCCUGAUAACAGCAGAAUCCUCAUUGCGGUAUUUAUUAGCCCCAAAAUACAAUUGGGAGGCGUUGAUGAGCAGCUAUGUCUGGUAUUGCUCUUAGCAGACUGUCUCAGGAGCGCAAAGCCUGGAGGAAAGACCAUCCUUUUGGUUUUGUUGCUGUACCUACUAAGAAUCCAGAUGGAACCAUGAAUCUGAUGAACUGGGAGUGUGCCAUCCCUGGGAAGAAAGGAACCUUAUGGGAGGGGGGCCUGUAUAAACUCAGAAUGCUGUUUAAAGACGACUACCCUUCCUCCCCGCCCAAAUGCAAGUUUGAGCCACCUAUAUUCCACCCGAACGUCUACCCAUCAGGCACGGUGUGUUUGUCCAUCCUGGAGGAGGACAAAGACUGGAGACCUGCCAUCACCAUCAAACAGAUCCUUUUGGGUAUUCAGGAGCUGCUGAACGAGCCCAACAUUCAGGACCCGGCACAAGCAGAGGCCUACACAAUUUACUGUCAGAACAGGAUGGACUACGAGAAGCGGGUCAGAGCUCAAGCCAAGAAGUUUGCCCCCACAUAAAAGGGAGAGGCCCCACCUCUCCCACCUGAGCAGCCUGAAGGGAUGAUGGUAACACACAGGAGGCAGGCAGCACCUGAAGGACCACUCCAAUAAGAAUGAUUAUUAUUUCAUAUUAUUAUAGUACUGCUCCACAGAUGACAGACGAGCCUGGUUUUCUUUAUUCUUUUCAAACUAAAUUAGAAUUAUCCAUAUUUUACCCAUCAUUAAGACUCGUUUCAGAUUUUGUAUCUCAUGUAUAAUCCAUACCCCGAACAAUAAACAAUCACACGUAGUGUGUUGACCGCUGUACAGAGAAGACCACAUGUCCAAACCAGUUUGAAGCUCAAUCGACCGGAACUCCUUCCAGUCUUUACGACACGAAGAAACGCCACGGUUUUGUUUCCACGAGCGUGCCUGCAGGCUGACGACGCCGUCACAAAGCACAACGGACGCAGGUUCUGUCUAUUAUCAUCUGAGGUUGAAAAAAAAAAAAGGUACGUCAAAGACGAUUCAGCACUUUGGUUGGGAAGCAGAUGGAAACAGCUCUUCAUCUGAAGAAGAGUCCGAUCUGCUCCAUCCACUCAUCUUUGAAGGUAGAUUCGUUCAGACUGUCCGGACAGUACCGACCCUUCGUUAUCCACGUGUUGUCUUCUUCCAGUGAUGCUGUAGGAUCACGAGAUAAUGAACAGAAGGAAAUGGGCCCUUUGAACCCAAACUGCUUCCUCUAACGAACGUACUGAUCCGAGGACGGGUCCAGCUGCUCGCAGCAGAGGACCAUCUUAAAACAGCUAAAUGAGACGGGUGCACUCGAGCGGUAGGAUGAAGUUUUUGUCACUCAGAAGAACAAAAUAAACAAUUCAUGAAGAUUUUUUUUCAUGUUUGUUUCCAGAUUAACGUCAAACUAUUGAGAUUAAAAUUAAAAUGUAUUUAAAGGAUAAAGUCAGGCCGGAGGAUAUUUUUAUUUUUUCAGGUAUAAACUCGGACUGAAACUUCCGCUCCUAGGAGCUGAAGUAAGUUACGGGUUGUGAGCUUCUUCAGAAACAGUAUUGAUACUUAUUACCACGUCGUGUUUAUGUGCAAAAAUAAUGUUUUACUAGUCAACCCUUUGUGAAGUAUAAAAACUUUAUUUACACGAGGCUCAGCUGUCCAAGAUUUUUGCUGGGUUUUAUCUCCCCCUUUUUUUAAUGUCAAAAUAACUGCUAUCAUCAUUUGACUUUAUUCUAGAAAUAUAUUUAAAUUUUAUGAAACGUUUUGACUUUAAUCUUGACAAUACGACUGUGAUCUCCAAACUACAAAUUAAAAAAGAAAUGAUCCAAGUGUCACUAAGACUUGGUCGUACAGCGUACAUGAAGGCCAGGGGUUACGUUGUUUUUGGGUUUUUUGCCUCUAAAUCUGAGCACAUGUACAUAAUAUAAAUAAGAAAACCGUAGAUGUAAUGUUUUAUAUUGUUUUAGCCGCUUGACAUUGUGUGUGGUAUUGUAACAAAAAACAUUUGAUGGUCUAAACUUGUGAAAUAAAGUCGAAUAAAACCAAAGAA